GCCAAUUAUCUUCUCGUUUAGUGACGCUUUCCCCACCACCACCACCAGCCCUCUCUCUUUCUUCGUUGCACACCAUGCAGGGACCAACGACGGUGACGGGCCUCAACGGCGAGGCCAGCGUGAAGACGGCCUACCACUGCUCCACUCUGCUGGACAACUGGGAUGAGGAGCGGCGGCAGUUUGGUCAGCCCCUCCUCACCACCGCCGACAGCACCAUCACCGGGGCCAAGCCAGAUCUCCACACCACGUACACCACUUCCUUCAAGCCGCCCACGGCGGAGCAGACGGCCGCCGCGAAGCCGCCCGGCUGCUUUGCGGCGGAGGGGCCACGCAUGCUUCUCUUCCACCACGGCGACAUCGGUAACAUUGAGCAGUACGGCUACGCCACUGCCGAGCUGGCCCUCACGGAUCGUAAGAAGGAGGUGUACACAAACGACGAGGUGCUCGACAUGCCGGGGGUCUCGUCGCGGCGGCAGCGGACAACGGCGCUGCUGCGGUCCACUGGUGGCUUCGGGGCCAGCCGCAGCGGACGCGGAGGGGGUGGCACUCACAACGACGCGGAGGAUGAGGCGCCUUCGGCCGCGCUGCAGCGUGAGGCAGACUUCACGCAGUCCCUCGCGAGCACCGUGCGCUACAACAACAGCAACGUUAAUAACACGGCUUCGUCGCCUCGCGACGGCAGUGGAGCAGAGCAGCAGGCAAGUCCGACAAGUGAGGAAAGCAACGACAGCACGUACGCGCCACCGCGUAUGCUGCCGGUGGGCCGCGCUGCGGAGCGGGAGCGGCUGCUCACCACGAAGAACGUCACGAUUGACGCCACCGGUGCGUACCUGUUUGACAACCUAGAGUCUUACCCUUUGACGAGUAGCGAGUCCGUUGGGGCCUUUGUGAAAUCGUGCGAUAACCCGAUGCACAAGACCAACCUUCGUGUGCAUUACAUGGAGGACGACUACUGA